ACCACAUGCUCUCUCUUCUCCCCCCUCUCCAAACCCUAAUGGCAUCUGAUUCUCCACUAUGAAAGUAUGAAUCUCGUCAAUCUCUUUCCAAAAGAGAAGCCAUUAAGCUCUGAAUCAAAAGCACGCACAAAGCUAGCUCAAAAGCACCAUGAGUUUUCCAUCUCUUCCUCUUUUUCUGCACCCAUCAACAAAUUGGACGAACAAGCAACGAGCUCAUCCUCAGCUGAGCAACAGCUUUGUCGCCGUUGAUGAUGGCCAAUAUGAAGCUGGAGCUCCGGUCAGGCCUUCAGAAUCUUCGGCGGUGGCAAAGAUGGCUUCCAGGCCGUCGCCUGAUCAGCAUGCAGUGAUCGAGUGCCCCCGGUGCAACUCCACCAACACCAAGUUCUGCUACUACAACAACUACUCCCGUUCCCAGCCGCGCCACUUCUGUAAGACGUGCCGCCGCUACUGGACGCAUGGCGGUGCCCUGCGGAACGUCCCAGUCGGCGGUGGCAGCCGCCGGAGCAACAAACAAACAGCCAAGCACUCCAAGCCCCAAACUGCGACUGCCAACUACACAAGCCCGUCUCUCAGCGUUGCAUCUAUGAGGCCACCACCACUACUAAUUAACAACAACAACAACAAUAACGACAACCAUAACCACCCCGUGAUACAUAAUUUUGGGGUAGGGCAGCAGCUCCCUCCAGUAGGGAUGGCGGCGGCGCCUCAACCGUGCCCAAACCCAUUCACAUCAUUUGGAGAAGAGAAUAAUGUUGGAGUUACAGUGAAGAUGGAGAAUAUUGGAUAUGAUCAUCCUAGGGUUCAGUUUUCAUAUGAUCCAUCGAAUAUUAAUAACUACAACGAUAUGUUUACUUGUGGAGACAGUGGAAGCAUGAGCAGUUGCAUUGCAUGGCCAUCAGCUACUACUGGUUUCAGCUAUGGAUCAUCGUCACCUCAUCACCUUACUUUCAUGAAUUCAGAUCUGCCCUAAAUAUCUUGUUAUUGAGAAACCAGGUAGGUGUUCCUAAUCAUCAUAUAUAUAUAUAUAUAUAUAUAUAUAUAUAAAAUAUUUUCAUUACGAAGUUGGGUAAUUAAUUAUAUAUAUUAAUUAUGGUUUCACUGUUAUGCAUUAAUAAUUUGGAAUUUGUAUGUGACUAGCUAUGGCCUUCUCAUGUAUGAUCCGCAACUAUUAUCUUAUUAAUAAUGCUAAUUAAGGUUAGUGUUUGCUUAA